GGUUUCAUUUCCUUAUUUUUUUUUAUUACUCGCGCGUAUUAUAUCGCUACAAAAUUUGAAAAAAAUGCAAGAUAUAAUGAAGGAUUUCGAAAUAUUCACGAACAGUUGGUGGCCUUAUGUUAUAUCUUUAAUUAUAAGCGUGAUCAGUGCAAUAAGAUUUUACGUCGCUGGUACAUACUGCGAAAGUCCUGCGAGAAUCGAUGGUAAAAUAGUCAUAAUAACCGGAAGUUCGAGCGGAAUUGGAUUCGAAACCGCCAAAGAAUUAGCAAGAAGAGGAGCAAAUUUAAUAUUGGCAGUUAGAAAUGGCGAGAGAGGGUUAAAAGCUUUCGAAAAAAUUAGACAAAUAAAAAACGAUGUGAAAAUUCAAGUAAAAUUGUUAGACGUAUCAGAAUUUACAAGUAUUAGAAAUUUCGUCGAACAAAUUAGAGACGAAUACGAAAAAGUCGAUGUAUUGAUUAACAAUGCCGGAAUUAUAUGUGAUAAAUCGAAAUCUGCGUCGGAAAUAACCGAUAUUACAUUUUCCACCAAUUAUUUAGGUCCCUUUUUACUGACUCAUUUACUACUGCCUCUGCUGGAAAAAUCUGAGAAUGGUAGGGUUAUAAAUGUAUCAGCACUCGCUCAUUUCAAUGGUAAAUUAAACCUAGAUGAUAAUGUGUUUUGUAAAAAUUCGACUCCUCAUGAAGCGUUUGCAGAAAGUAAAUUAGCUCUAACUAUAUUCACCAAACAUAUGGCACAGUUGUAUAAACAUACGAACAUAACAUUCAAUUCAGUAAAUCCUGGAUUAGUUAGAAACACUGGUCACUUGGCGAAUUAUUCGUCUUUUGGAAAAUCUUUUUUCACCAAAUUGUCAGUUUGGCCUUGGAUAUGGUUAUUUUUGAAAACUCCUUAUCAGGGAUGUCAAACUAUAGUUUAUCUCGCCAUUGAACCGAAGCUACAUAAAGUUUCCGGCUGCUAUUUCAGUGACUGCGAAAUAAAGGAACCUGCAGAUAUAGUAAAUGAUAUAAUUGUCGCCAAGAGUUUGUACGAAAAAUCUUGCAAAGCUGUCAAGUUGGAAAUUGACAACGGACAUUGAAUCUCGAUAUUAAUUUAGUUUUUUUUAAUAAUUUACUUAUGAGGAUUUAUAUGUCAAAAUAAAUGUGACUACAACAAA